UUUUAUCUUUUUUUGUUUUUUUUACACUUUUGUCAAUUGAUUUGGUUUUUGUCCAAAGAUUGAAGCUUUAUGGAUUGGAAGAUAUAUCGAAGUGAUUCGAAAUUUUCAACCCAAGAAGAAGAUCAAAUUUCAAUAAAGCUUCCGCCUUUAAUUUAAUCUAUAGGUGAUUGAUACAACCUAGGAAUUCUUCUUACUCUGGCUUUUGUCCAAAGCUUAAUUGAUAUGAAGCGGCGUGUCGACAUUGAUUGUGAUAUUCAACCCAAGAAGUGUGCUAAAAGAUGCUCAGGCAACAACGAUCUGAUAAGUCAGUUGCCGAAUGACAUCCUCGUCGAUAUACUCUCUCUCCUCUCGCUAAAAGAAGCCGCUCGCACGAGUGUUCUUUCAUCCCGUUGGGUAAACUUGUGGAAACACACCCCCACCCUCGAUUUCGACGCUCGAACCGCGUUUGAAAAGAUCGAUAAACAGACCGAGUUGCUCGAGAGCGAGGCACUCAAGUACGUAAAAUGGGUCGACUCUGUAGUCAAAUCGCACAGAUCGCCCACCUUAAAAGAAUUCGCAAUCCAUUUUAGUUUAGACACAGCAUUCAAGAAUUCAAUCUCCCGGUGGCUCGAAUUCGCAUUUUCCAGACAAGUUCAGAGGUUGGUAUUGGACCUCGGGAAAUAUUCCAGUUGGUCCAAAUACUAUUGUUUCCCCGACGAGCUCCUUCCCCUAAGCGCACCUAAAUUUUCUUUUAAGUCCCUCAAAGAAUUGUCUUUUAACUCCGUUCAUUUGUCCGAUGGAGUUAUCGAGUCCUUUUUAAAUAAUUGCCCCCUACUCGAACGAUUGGUUGUCCGUCUAACGAAUAAAAUAUCAAUUGUUCAAGUGUGUGGUCCAUCCCUCAGGUUAAAACACUUGGAAAUUGUCUAUUGCACGGGUUUGAAAUCACUUAGAAUUUCCGCGCCAAAUCUUACUUCACUUAGGGUUACGAGAGCAGAGGGACUCGUGCUCGACUCCGUUCCAAUGCUAGUUGAUGUGUCUAUUAAUUGUGGUGACUGCGAUGAGUCCGUCAAAAGUUUACUUUCUACGCUGUCUUGCUGCAUUUCGCAGUUGGAGAUUCUUAGCUUGAUCAUGUACAAGAGAAGGUACGUUUAUGAGGAACCAGUUGGGCUAUGCAAGUUCACAGAAAUGCCGAAACUGAAGAAGUUGGUCAUAAAUUAUUCGGCAAGAGGUCACGAGAAUCUUGUUUGGCUGACUGCGUUGAUGAGGGCAUCUCCUUUCUUGGAGGAAUUUGUAUUAAAUUAUGGAUGGUAUAAACUUGCAAGGAAAAACAGAGAAGUGACGGAUCCUAUGAGGUGUCCUCACCAUAACCUUAAAGUGUUCAAGUUUUCCGGUUAUUAUGGUCGUUCAAGUGACGCUGAAUUGCUCGGCUACAUUUUGGAGAAUUGCGUUGUGCUUGAGAAAAUAAUAAUCGAUUCCUCCAGUGCACGGUCCCCUAUAACCGACAAAUAUGACGUGGAACGAACUGCGAGGAAUAACGCAAAGCGACAGCUGGAACCAAAAGUACCUCACCACGUUGAAUUGGUUUUUCUUUAAUAUCGUAUUUAUGAGUUUUAAGUUUAAACUGCAAACAGUAAGUUAUCUUAGAUUGAUUGCAUUCGAACUGAAGGAUUUGAGGGAAGGAUUUCAAAUCCGUAAUAUGAAAUCCCCUCCUCAAAUACAAAUCCUUGGAUGCAAAAACACUUGGUUGUUGUAACAUUAAAUUUUUCUCAAGAAUAAUUUUUUUUCUCUUUUUUUUUUUUUGGGAACAGAAACAUUAUAUUAAUUAUGUUGAACAUGUAAAAGUAGUUGGAAAUCAAUUUUGAUGAUUACUGUU